CGGGGCCGGGGGGGCGGGGCCUGGGGCCGGGUGUGCGCCGGGGCGCCCCUCCCCGCCUCCGCCCCCGCCUCGGGCGCCGGCAGCGCGGGCUUCCUGGUCAAUGGGAGCUCGGGGCUGGGCAGCCCGCGACGCUGUCAGGUGGGCCUCCCACGUUCGCGGCCCGCGCUGCGUCCCUCGCUCUCCCGCUUCCUCUCCAUCUUGGUUCCAGCAGCUCGCCUUCUUGGUUGCUCUUCUGUUGCUGGGGCCGUAGCAGCCGAGGCCGAGUGGCCUCAGUUAACGCGAGGAGACUGUGGUUCUGAGGAAACCUGCGUUCCAGAUCGUUCGCCCUUGGGACAUGGGGACAGAUUCGGAUCUUUCGCUUCCUGCAUCCCACAAGCAUUUAUUGAGCACCUAGUAUGUGAGAGAGGAGGCUGUGAGAAGAGCAACACAGCAGGAUGAUACAAAGCCAGGGCCUGUUCUCGAGGAGUGUCUGCCGCCCUUUGCCAUCGCGGACCCUGCUCCGAGAUUCCCGGCCAUAGGUUACUAAGAUGAUUAUGCAGAUCUAUCAGAUAUAAGGAAAAAAUUCAGCCACCUCACUCAGUUUCUGCAAUCCCUACAAGGCUGCAUCUGAAAGUAGAGAGAUUAGGAAACUGAGGCUUAGCAAGAAAGGCAGCAAGUCAAUGGCAGAUCAAUGUGUAUGCUCUCCAGUUAUGAUGAAAAUGAAGGCCAAGGCUACCUGGCACUUUUGUCAAUCACACGAGUGUGGCUUACAGGUCAUGGUGUGGCUCCCUGGGGGCGCCUUUGAGACUGGCUCAGCAUCCAUCUUUGAUGGGUCCGCCCUGGCUGCCUAUGAGGACGUGUUGGUUGUGACGAUCCAGUACCGGCUAGGAAUGUUCGGCUUCUUCAACACAGGGGACAAGCACGCUUUGGGGAACUGGGCCUUCAUGGACCAGGUGGCUGCCCUCACCUGGGUCCAGGAGAACAUCGAGUUCUUUGGUGGGGACCCACACUGCGUGACCAUCUUUGGCGAAUCAGCAGGAGCCAUAAGUGUUUCCAGCCUUAUUCUGUCCCCCAUGGCCAAAGGGUUAUUCCACAAAGCCAUCAUGGAGAGUGGGGUGGCCAUCAUGCCUUACCUGAAGGCCCCUAAUGACGAAAGGAAUGAGGAUUUGCAGAUGGUUGCAAAUAUCUGUGGCUGCAAUGCUUCAGACUCUGUGGCCCUGCUGCAGUGCCUGAGGGCAAAAUCCUCCAAGGAAUUGCUGAGCAUCAACCAGAGAGCCAAGUCUUUCACUCGAGUAGUUGAUGGCUUUUUCUUCCCUCGUGAGCCUGUAGACCUGUUGACUCAAAAAUCCUUCAAGCCGGUUCCUUCUAUCAUCGGAGUCAAUAACCACGAAUGUGGCUUCCUGCUGCCCAUGAAGGAGUUUCCUGAGAUCCUCGAGGGCUCCAACAAGUCCCUUGCCCUGCAUUUGAUACACUCCAUCCUGCACAUCCCUAUCCAGUAUUUAUACCUCGUGGGUAAUGAAUACUUCUACAACAAGCACUCCCUGGUUGAUAUACGAAAUAGCUUCCUGGAUUUGCUUGGAGAUGUGUUCUUUGUGAUUCCUGGGCUGGUCACAGCAAAGUGUCACAGAGAUGCUGGUGCACCUGUCUACUUCUAUGAGUUUCAGCACCGGCCCCAGUGCUUAAAGGACAAGAAACCGGCUUUUGUCAAAGCUGAUCACACUGAUGAAAUCCGCUUUGUCUUUGGAGGUGCCUUCCUGAAGGGCGACAUUGUCAUGUUUGAAGGAGCCACAGAGGAGGAGCAAUGGCUGAGCAGGAAGAUGAUGAGAUACUGGGCUAACUUUGCUCGGACUGGGGACCCUAAUGGGGAAGGCCUGCCUCUGUGGCCAGUCUACAGUCAGACCGAGGAAUACUUGCAGCUGGACUUGAACAUGAGCGUGGGACGGAGACUGAAAGAGCUGGAGCUGCAGUUUUGGACAGACAUCCCCCUGAUGAUGUCCAUGGCCGGAGCACUCCUCGGUCCUCUUUCUUCCUUAACCUUCCUUUCUCUGCUUCUGCCUUUCUUUUUCUCUUUUGCUCCUUGAGAAGUUAUCUUUGCGUGAUUUUGGUUUUCCUUCUCCUUCUGAGAUUUCUGCCACAAUCAUUAGUUUCAUCUUUAGCUACUUAUGAAAUCAGCUGCUUUAGCUGAUGUUUUAGGGAUUGAGGAUGAUCCUCGGAGAAUUAUUUUCAACAUCAAAAUGCAAUUUGCCUUGGAAGGCUACCAGAUUUCUUCAGUAAAUCUGCAGGAGAACUGGCCCAUUAGUUGUCACCAUAAUGACCUUGUUACUUAUAUGAAAUAAAAUCAUAACGUAAAAUCUGUA